CAUCUUAUUCAUAUGAUUAAUAUGAUUUAUUUUUCUGUUAAUUAAUUAAUUUAAUUUCUGUUCAUUAAUUUGAUUGUAAUUAAGUUUCUAUGUUCUUACCUUGAAAAGUGAAGGAUUUUUGUUUAUCUUGUUGUAAUAUUUUGUGUAGGAAAUGAUCAUUGAUGAAACUUCAGGUUUUAUCAUAAGAACAACAAAAUUAUGAUUCUCUUUGGAAAGGAAUUCAACAGUGUGUGCGGGAAAAUUGGAGAAAAUGUUAAUCGGUCAACUCUUUCUAACGGAUAUCAACUUAUCGCCAUUUUGCCUAAUUGAAUUUCUCUCUCUCUCUUUCUUUUAGUUUCCCUCUCAAGUGAUUCUUAAGUGAUUAAGUUAUACAUUUUUCCCUCUCUCACUAUUUCAUCUUUCUCUUCAAUAUAUUUCUCAUUGUUAACCAGUUAUAUUUUUAUUAUUUUGUGAUAAUCAUCACAAAACAAUCAAGUUAACUAUUGAUCAACAUUUCAAGUGAUUUAAGGAUUCAUGGUUAGUUGAAACGGAUUGGAAAUGGUAAACCUGAUUGAAUUUAUGUGAGUGAAGGUUAUAAAGUAUUCAUGUUAAAUCUAUUGUAACAAAAGGGGUAGAUUGGAAUCAGUGAAUAAAAAAAGGUUUAAAGUCUCGUCUCUUUCUCACUAUCAAUUGAUGUGAAUAAUAUUCCAAAGGUGGUUAAUUUAAUUGAUUACUAGUUUUUUUCCUCUCUCUCUCCCUCUCCCUCAAUACUGAAUUUCUAUUCAAUUGGUUACACGUUAUUCUUGCAAGUCUAGUUUUUCUGUACCACUGAUGGACCUUGUGUGAUUCUACAACAAAGUGUUCAUGUUUUACCAUGUUUUCCAUCAUUUAUCAUGGAUAAAUUUUUUACUCAAUGAAUGUUGACAACGGAACAAGAAGUAAAUUCACAAAAGGCAAGACCGUUGAAAAGGAAUCAAAGAGGGAAAAGAAAAACAUUGACUAUUAUCACAUGAGGAGGUUCAACUAAUUUAAUAAAGAUCGAGGUUAACGAGGUGAUACUUAACGACUCUUUAUAAUUGACAUUGCGUUUUUCCAGAAUUCAUCUUUAAUUUCAUCUUCAUCAUUUUGUCAAGUUUGUGCAACUAUUUUCUCAUGAGAAGUUUAAAUUAAUCAACAAUCAACUGCUCGGUUCCAAUUAACUAACUUAUAAUAUUUUUUUCACAUUUUGUUUUUUACUCAAUUUUGUGAUAAUCAUCAUUAGUGGGAUUGAUUUAAAACAAAGACAAGGAAAAACUUGAACAAUCUUCAUUUAUCGUGCCAUCACCAUCACCUUAGUCAUAAUUAAACCAUCCUCAAUUAAUAACAAUCAGAGGCAGAAAGAAAAAUGUGAUUAACAGCAACAAUAAUCAACCUCAUGUGUUCAUUUCUGGAAAAAAAACUACAGUUUGUUGUGGAAACUUUUGCAUAUCUUUGAACUUUCAUUCUGAAUUUUUCUUUCUCACUCUCUUUUUCUGAUACAAGUUUGUAUGAGAUAGUAAAUUAACACAAAAGAGAACAAAAUUGUUUUGUUUAAUCAACUUUUUCUUUCUCUCACAUUUUCUAUGUGACCGAAACAAUCGACACAACAAGAAUCAGCAUCACAUUUCGCUGGUUAUCAUUUGAAACGAUAUUUUUUUUACUAUUCAAAAGUUUCAUCAUUAUAAGUCAACCUUUGUCUACCUUCCCAUCAUAAUCAUCAUCAAAUCAUCAACAAUCAUCUGUUUCUUCCUGGUGUUGUCUUUUUUUCUCCCUCUCUCACCACCACCACAACAACAAAAGCCAUGUUUUCCUAUUAUGCUUUAGAGACAUGGUUAUUCUCAUUUUUUGCUCUUCUCUUAUUAGGGUUCAUCAUUUUUUACACCAAACGAUUGAUCACUAUUCUAACGGAUAUGAGAAAAUCGAACAAAAAAGUCUCCUACAAGCCAUGGGAAAUGGAGAGUAAGUUGGAAAAGAAAUCAUCAAUCUUCACAAUCUUUGAAAAAGUUGCCAAAGGUAAAGUUAAAGUACCAAGACGAUUUGGACCAAUUAAGGGACUUGUACCUGUUCGAGAAUCAGCUAUAACUACCAAAAAGUCGAAACAAUUAAAAUCAUUACCUUCCAAUCGUUUGGAUUCCGUUGAUGGUAUUGCUACAAUUGAAGGAGCUCUAAGUCGUAGUUCAUCUGUUGGAUCCGGAAUUAGUUACGAGACAACCACAACUAAUUCAGAAUUUUAUCGAGAAAGUCGACUAUCUGUUAGUGAGAUGGUUAAAGAAGAGGGAUCAUGGAUUAGUCAAUUAAUGGUCGAUCAGAAUCAGAAUUCUGUUAAAAAUAACCUUCAAGCUCACAUUAGUGCUGCCGCUGUCGAAAACUUAUCCGCUAAUUUGCCAAAAACUGUUGCUAAUGGUAACACAGUUAAUCAUGAAAACAACAAUAGUACCACCGUAACCGCUAACGGUAAAGUUAAAACGAUACAUGAUGACACGAUAAAUAGAAACACUAAAAAUAAGGAGACCAAAGAAGAUGAUAAUAAUAACAACAAUAACAAUAAUUACAAGGAAAAAAUAACCAACGGUGGGGUCAUUUUGGUCACUCCAGAGAUCAACAAUUUACCUUUCUCGAAUACCCAUAAAUACUAUUCACCAUCUAAUCAACAGUCAAUCCGUGAUUCUAAAUUAACUUUACCAAUGGAGCAAAACGAUGAUCACAUUGAAGUGAUUAGUAAAACAAUUCCCGUUCUUGAUGAAUCAUUUACUUCAUCAUCGACAACAAUUGAAGGAAACAAUAGAUCAACAAUUACCAAAACAACGAGUAAAAAAGUUAUCGUAACCGAAGUAUCAAAACAAAGGAAACUAGAAAAUCGUAUUGCUGCAUGAAAAGAAAUCCGAGUGAUUUAACAAACCAUCAACAAUUAAGUGAAAUUUAAAUCAUCUACAUAUUUAUUUUUUGAUUUGAUUUACUUUGUGAAUUAAUAUCUAAUUUGGAUUAUAAAUUUAAAUGGUAUAAUCAAGGUUCAGUACUUCAUCAUGAUAAUAAUUAUAACGAUUGUAAUGAUUGACUAUGAGGAAAAGCACAAUUUCCAAUUGUCUUGAUACGUAAUUAACUAAUCAACAUUUUUUUAUACAAAUUAUUGGAAAACAAAAUUGUGCCAAUUUAUGACAAUUUAGUUAACUAAAAAUUCAUCAAAAAGUCAACCUACCUGAGUGAUAAAUGUAACCAACUAUUCAUACAUUUAUUUUCUAAUAAUUUCUAUUCCAGUUUUUAAUUAACCAUAGAACCGGUUGUUAUACUUUCGUUUUUGUUUUGUAUGGAUCAUUAAUUAAUCACAAUCAAAUCUGGAUCAUCAUCAUCAUCAUCACCGCAACAAUUGAGAAUCGUAAUCAUAUUGUCAUUUUUGUACAAUUCUCGAUAAUUUUUUCCAAUGUUAAAUUCAAGGAACGACGAUCAAUCACAAUUAACGUAAUUUUCAUCUACAUUUAAAAGAUGAAACUGGUUCCAAUUGAUUAGUCAAACAAUUAGCUAACCAAAUUUUUACUUGUGUAAUUGUAAAUAAUACAAUUUAAAUGACAAUCAAAACAGUUUUUCCCCAAACUUUUGAUUAGAUAAAAAUUUAAUGAAUUGUAUCCAAAUGUGUCUAAUUGAAUCAAAGCAAAAACAGUAACAAUCAAGUGAAAAUCAAAGUCUCGUCAUUAUGUAAAUCAAAUUGUUUAUUAAAUUAAAAUUAAACAUAAGCAAAAAAAUAAAAA